AUGGCAACAAAGAUGAAGGGCCUUUUCAAGGGGCUCAGAUACAUUUCCCAGAUUUUUGAGGAAGAAAAAGAAGAAGAAAUGAAGAUUGGUCUUCCCACAGAUGUGAAGCAUGUAGCUCAUAUUGGUUGGGAUGGGCCAUCACAAGUUGGCUCCUCUCCAAGCUGGAUGAAGGAGUUUAAAGGCUCCCCUGAACACCAAUCAGCACCUUUAGAUUCCAAUGGUAAAACUAUAGAGGACACUGAAAUCAAAUGGGUUUCUGAAGACUCGAAAAAAGGCAGCAGAGCAAGAGAUUCCCCUGAAGUUCCAAGAUCCUCUCGGCGUCAACAAAUAUGUGACAACGACAACUCGAACGAAUCGCCAAAGAAAAAGGACUCGUCCACUAAAUCGAGGCACUCAAGGCGAAACCAUUCCAAGGACUCGUCCGAAGGUGGCGUGGUCGUGUUGGGCCAGGACGAGUCGGGCCGGCCCGGUUCUCCUUUGCGGGCCCACCCGGACCUUGCUAAAAAAUCGCGUCGAAAGAAGUCCAAGGAAUGUGAUGGUGGUGGGUCGACCCGGUCAAGGUCAAAGGACUCGGAGGGCGGGUCCACCCGAUCCAGGUCCAAGAAUACGGACGGCGGGUCGACCCGAUCGAGAUCCAAGCACGCCCAUUGUGGGGCAUCGGCGUACUCGGAUCCCGGGCAGGAUGGUGGGUCCAUUGAUGAGGAGAAGGAAAGAAGAGCAAUUUCUUGA